GAUCUGGCGGAAUUCAUGUCACCUUGUGACUGUAUGUGCAGAGAAGUCUGUGGAGAGUUCACAGUAUACUCCUCUCUACUCACAGAUUCGCUGAUAUUCACACCACUCAUCAGGAUUUUGAUGUCACCUUCUGUUCGGUGUUGUCUCUAUUACUGGUUGCAAUUGUCUACAAAAGACUUCUUUCUUCUCUUGGUCCGUGUUGUCUACAGAAUCAUAGAGUUGUAUAAUUGUAAGUUUCUUUCCAAUUUGAGUUGAAUUGGUUGUCAUGAUCUUUGAGGAGAUUGGAUCUUAGUGCAUAAGAGCCUUCGAUGUUGUUGAUGACAUCAGUGGCAGGCAUACCGUCGAUGUGGUCAUGGUUGUCUGAGUGAUGGGAGUAGAUUAUUGACUUUGUAGUUAAAAAUCUGGACAGUCCACUUCCAUCCCAUCUGCGCUCAUGAAAUUUUAGCAUCUCUGUAACAUCCUCUAAUUUUUUUUUUGCAGAUUGGCUAACCUUUCCAGCCAUCGUCGAACGCCGUGAGGACAUAUCAAGUCCCCAUGCUUACUUACGAUUUCGUCGGAAGUAUAAACAGAGGCUGACUGGCUUCGUGGAGG